GAUGACUUGCACUAAACGAUAGAAGACAACGAUGAAGUUCAAAUCGAUAGCGCUCUCGUUGCGAGUGUUUGGCGUGCGUCGCGGCAUUCUGCCAUCAACUCCAGAUGUUGUCGACAUUUUUCCUCUGGAUCAGACGCCGGAGAGUAUACUUGCCGUCGAUCCGGCCUACAAAAUGGCGCGCACCGAAAGCGCGUGCCGGCUCAAACUUCUUCGAGCCGAUAUACCAGCUGAACAAUUACCAGCCGGUUGUGAAGCUGGCGAUUUGCUUCCGGCUGUAAAUGUCAAAGAAAAAAUUGAAGUUAAUGGUGAAUCUCGCCUCGUGCAAAAGAAGAAAACUAUCUAUCCCGAAUGGGAAAAAUGCUGGGACACUGCCGUCACCGAGGGACGAAUCUUACAAAUAGUAUUAAUGUAUAAUCAAACCCCUGUUGUGGAGGCUACGAUGCGGUUGGAGGAUAUCGUAUCGAAGUGCAAAAACGACUCGAUCACUCACAUCUGGAUCAACACGAAACCCGUCGGACGAAUCCUCGCCCAAACGCGACAUUUAAAACAAGCCGAUGAGGACGACAAUCCAGUAGAAGAUACGGCAAUGGCUGCUCGUUCCACGUCCGGUCCUGGAUUGCAAAGGCGGCGAGGAGCAAUCAAACACGCCCGUGUGCAUGAAAUACGUGGACAUCAAUUUGUUGCAACAUUCUUUCGACAAUUCACAUUCUGCUCGUUAUGCUCUGAAUUUAUGUGGGGUCUCAACAAGCAAGGAUACCAAUGUCAAUUAUGUUCUGCAGCAGUACAUAAAAAAUGCCACGAGAAGAUCAUUAUGCAGUGUCCAGGAUCAGCUAAGAACACCAAAGAGACCAUUGCUCUAAAGGAACGAUUCAAAGUCGACAUUCCACAUCGCUUCAAGACCUACAACUACAAAAGUCCCACAUUUUGUGACCAUUGCGGUUCAAUGCUCUAUGGACUAAUUAAGCAAGGAAUGCGAUGCGAAGUGUGUGGCGUCAAUUGCCAUCAUAAAUGCGAGAAGCUGAUGUCGAAUCUAUGUGGAGUGAAUCAAAAACAAUUGUCCGAAGCACUCUACGAGAUCAAACGAGGCACCGUAGCGAGUUCGAGUUGUCCGCCAAAUAUUGGAAACCUACAUAUUGGCAAUGGCGACUCAAAACAUCCAAAUGGUAGCCUACCAAAUAAGUUGAAGAAUUUCUUCAAAUCGCAGCAGUAUAGCAUGGAAAAUCAUCCUGAACAUGACGAGUACAUGAACAAUAUCUGGACAGGAGGCGAUGGACCUGUGAAGAAGUUUGGCUUGCAACAUUUCAAUUUGUUAAAAGUGCUCGGAAAAGGAAGUUUUGGAAAGGUCAUGCUUGUCGAGCUGAAAGGAAAGAGCGAAUAUUAUGCAAUGAAAUGUCUGAAGAAAGACGUUAUAUUAGAAGAUGAUGACACUGAAUGUACUUAUAUAGAACGACGAGUGUUAAUCCUAGCCAGUCAAUGCCCAUUCCUUUGUCAGCUGUUCUGCUCGUUCCAGACAAAUGAAUAUCUAUUCUUUGUUAUGGAAUAUUUAAAUGGUGGUGAUUUGAUGCAUCACAUUCAACAAGUGAAGAAAUUCGACGAGAAUCGAACUCGGUUCUAUGCUUGCGAAAUUAUCGUUGCACUCCAAUUUUUACAUGCAAAUAACAUUAUUUACCGAGAUUUGAAGUUGGACAACAUUUUGCUUGACUCCGAAGGACAUGUGAAAUUGGCUGACUUUGGAAUGGCUAAGACCGAGAUGAACCGUGAGAAUGGUAUGGCAUCGACAUUUUGCGGAACUCCCGACUACAUCAGCCCUGAGAUUAUAAAAGGACAACUAUACAACGAAGCUGUGGAUUUUUGGUCAUUUGGUGUUUUGAUGUACGAGAUGUUAGUUGGACAAUCACCAUUCCAUGGUGAAGGUGAAGAUGAACUCUUUGACUCGAUUCUUAGCGAUCGCCCCUACUUCCCAAAGACCAUCUCGAAAGAGGCGGCGAAAUGUUUGAGCGCUCUAUUCGAUCGUAAUCCGAACACUCGACUAGGGAUGCCUGAAUGUCCCGACGGACCGAUUAGGCAACAUUCAUUCUUCCGCGGUGUUGAUUGGAAACGAUUCGAAACACGACAAGUCCCACCGCCUUUCAAGCCUAAUGUUAAAUGUUCAUCUGACGCUUCGAAUUUCGAUGAAGACUUCACGAACGAGAAGGCUGCGCUAACCCCGGUGCACGACAAAUCCUUGCUGGCCUCUAUUGAUCCAGAAGCGUUCUUGAACUUUUCCUACACAAAUCCACAAUUUCUUAGUUGAAUUACGGUAGAUCAUUGAUCUACAGGUGUUAUCGCUUGGCUCAAGGAAUCGCAAUAUUGUGACUUUUCAUAAAUUAUACUAUUUGUUUGCGCUAAAUUUUUCUAUUCCUAGCUUCUAGGUAGCAUUUAUUACUCAGUCAUGUAGCUUAUUCUCUGCCAAUAGUUACUCAUAGUCAUUGUAAUAUAUAGCAUUAGAGACUAAUAUAGAUUAUAAGGAACAUAAUAGCUAUUGGAAUCUCCGCUUACAUCCAAGGAUACUAGCGUAAUUGCAUCGGACGCGAAUGCGCACGCGUCGCUGAUUGCAUUGACACGCCCAAUUUUAGUCGGGUUUCAUCGAUAAUGGUUACUAUGAUUGUUUUCUUUUACAUUAUCUUUCUAAAUAUCAAGCUCGUUGCUGUCAUUUGUUUAUUUGAUGAUUGUUUACGGAUCCGUGGUCAUAGAUCCGCAUUUUUUUCAUUCAGUUCUCCUCUCAGUUCCGCCCCUGAAUCAUGUUCAAUGGCGCUGCAAAUUCCCUUUAUUCACUUUUGUACACAACAAUUCAUUCUUUCUCUUUGUAUGUUAUAGAGUAGCAUACCUGUGAUUAGCCCAACUGAGAGCUGGUUUCUUUUUCUUAAUCAAUCUAAGGACCGGCACAUCAUGUGCUAUAUUCUAAUAUUUUAAAGCUAAAAGACUUUGUCAUUAUACUCUCUUGUCAUACUAUCAACAUGGUCGAAGACGUUUUUCUUCCGCAGGUUCUUAUUGUACAGAUUCACUGAAAUAAAACUUAAACAUACUU